GUGUUUACCUGUGCCUACCUUAGAUACCGAGCUAUUGUGCCGCACUGGGAUCAAGUGCAACAAAACUACUGUGAAAGAGCAUUGUUCUGUGUGUGUUUCUCGACAAACGUGUUUCUACGCCUUCUGGACUAUCUUAUGACAAACAGUUGCAUCUUUGCAAUUAUUGCACUUUGUCUUGUUCGGAGCCGGGAUAGGUGGCUUUUCCUUUUGGGAGUCUGAACGUGAAUAUAACAACGGAGAGCGAAAAGGUGCUAAAGUGAAUAAUUGAAAGUUUUGUUUUUCCGAAUCAAGUGAAAAUCCUGCCAAAACAGAAAAAAAUCCGAAUAUUGAAAACCGUUGAAAUAGUUUGUGAAACGCAUUCGUGAAAUGCUCUUUAGUCAAGGUUCAAUCUAAGCCUGGAGUUCUAUAAUGGAUACCACAAAGAACAGCAAGGAAAACGGAUCCCACUUCAUCAGGGGCUCCGAUCCACGCGCAGCUACAUGUCGUGGCAAAUUACAAAAUCGACGAUGUCGGCUUAAUCAGGAGAUAAAUAAGGAAUUGAGGCUUCGGGCUGGAGCAGAGAAUUUGUUCAAGGCCACAACCAACAGAAAACUAAAGGAUACAGUCGCAUUGGAAUUGAGUUUCGUAAAUUCAAAUCUUCAGCUGCUAAAGGAACAAUUGGCCGAAUUAAAUUCUUCUGUAGAAAUAUAUCAAAACGAAAGACAUGGUAACAUAAUGCCUAUGAUUCCGCUGGGAUUGAAAGAAACAAAAGAAAUCAACUUCAUUGAUCCUUUCUCCGACUUCAUUUUGGAACACUACAGCGAGGAACCAAGUAUAUAUACAGAUGCUAUUGCAGAUAUAACGGACACACGACAGGCCGCACGAACCCCUGCUAGAGACCUCCAAGGCGUUUCACUACUCUUCCGCUACUAUAACCUACUAUACUACGUUGAACGAAGAUUCUUCCCACCCGAUAGAAACCUUGGCAUAUAUUUUGAGUGGUAUGAUUCCUUAACAGGUGUACCAUCCUGCCAGCGAACCAUAGCCUUCGAGAAAGCCUGUAUUCUUUUCAAUCUUGGAGCCGUUUACACACAAAUUGGUGCUAAGCAUGAUCGUACAUCGGAAAAAGGACUCGACUCAGCAGUAGACAGCUUUUUACGGGCAGCUGGAGUUUUCCGACACAUAUACGACACUUUCACAAAUGCUCCCUCCAUGGACUUGAAACCGCAGGUCCUCGAUGUCCUAGUAUCGCUAAUGCUUGCACAAGCCCGUGAGUGCUUAUUCGAAAAAUUAGAAUUACAAGUGGAUUCUCCUGAAGUUAAACCUUUGGCUAUGACUUACCGCGAGCUGUCUGGGGAAGCAGCACAACUUACAAAAGAAUACCUUGAUAUGCACAGAAGUAUACAAACUAACGACACUCAUACUUACCUACCUGAAUGCUGGGCAGGACUAGUGCCUUUGAAAGCAGAAUAUUACAAAGCUUUAUCACAUCACUAUGCAGCAAAGUGUAUUGAAAUUGGCGAAAAAAUGAAUGGACCAGUGAAAGAUUCCCAGAAAGUGGACCUAUUCAUAGUAAAUGACUUUAUUAUUGAAGAUAGUCACAGUGCGUGUGCGUUGAAACGAGCCCACAUGAAGGAAUCGCUGGCUAGUCAUGAAGAGGCCCAAAGAUUGCAAAGGAUGUGUCGUUAUUUGAAGAAUAAAACAGCUCUGAUUCAAGUGCUUAAAGAGUCUUACUACAAAACUCGAGAGGAAUACGAAAAAUUCAUUGAAGAGAAAACUGAAAAAGAUAUCGACGAAGAUUUUGAUCUUGUAGAAGUAAAUGUUGAACCAUCUUCCAAAUUCACGAUCACUUUGACUGGACCCGAUUUUACCUCAUAUAAAGUGGAUGAUCCUUUCAAACGAUUAGGCCCAAUUGCCAUCUUUUCCGCCCGAAGACAUUGGACUGCACCGAGAUGCGUGCGACUUCAACGAGGUACUAUCAGAUCCGAGGUGAAAAUUAAUUACGAUUGCGAAUGUAAAUCAUCCUCCGUCAUUCGGGGAAAUGAAACGCGAGUAUGCUCGAAAUGUCUGUCCUCAGACAGUAUCAAGAAUGACGACUCUGAGAGUUUUGAAAGUUUCGGAUUCCACAUUCGAGGCGAUGCCCCUGUAAUUAUUUCACAUGUAGAUAUCAACUCGUUAGCAGAUUUGGGUGGAAUCAAGGAGGGAGACUUCCUUGUGGAGAUAUCAGGAGUCGACGUUAAAUGGUACACGCAUCAACAAGUGGUACGACUUAUACAAUCUGCAGGAACGAGUCUAGAGUUAAAGGUUAUUACCCCCAUGGACCGAAAUUACUUAAAGCCACUUUCAUCCAACGGUUCUAUUUCAACACUAUCUGCGGCCAGUUCAUCAGGAGUUUCGUCCGGCUCAUCCAGUCCUACCGGAACCACGUCAAAGCCAAAAUCCCGCAGUAAAUCCAGUAAAGGGCGUUUCGGCACGCUAUCGUCAACUGGUUGGAAUCCAUUCCGACGAACGCAUAGUUUAGGAAAGAUAUUCUAAUACGACAUACGUUAAGCUAUACCAAAUACGAACACAAAUGAAUCCGUGGCCAUUGUUGUUGAUUUUUAAGUUCUUUUCCUUAAGUUUAUUGAUUUCGUUUUCACGAAAAUAGUUUGAAGUUAUUUCGCUACCGCUGUUCCGUUUCAGUUGUUUUUAUUUCAUUUUAUUAUUUAUUUAAUGAAAUCCUUUGUAAUAUGUGCUUACAUGUUGCAUACUUCCGUAUACAGAAAUUUAUCAAGCGAAAAGUUGAAAUAUAGUAUUUAUUUUUAUUGUAA